GGUGAGGGAGGUUGUGAUAUCGCGUGCUCCAGUCAAGGCGUUGACGUCUUAACACGUACUAUUGCUGCAAAACCCAGUAACCACCUGUUAGGCGUUGGUGAUGUUUAAACAUUAGGAUUAUAAAGUAAAACUUCACUUUAACUCUCACGUAACACACUUAAACUUAGUUUAAUCGUUCUUCAAGUCCUGAGUGCAAGACUAACGAUGGUUCUUGAACUACCGAGUGCAAGACGAAACUAAAUUCGAUUUGUUGCUGACGGAGCAAGAGACUAACGGUAGCUGCACUAAUUACGUCGUUAGUUUUUCUUCGUGCGCUCUGCCGCCUUGAAUUAUCCAAUGCUUGUGGCGUAAAGUUGAAUACAUUUAACGAUGAGGAAUUGGUUACUCAUCCUUGUAGUUCUGGUGGAGUGUGUUUUGAUGAUGGUUGGUGGUAGCCGAGUAUGGUUGGACGACCAUGGACGCUACCAGAACAUAGUGGUAGGAGUACAUCCAGCCCUGGCUGACUUCAACUGCACUCACCUCUUCACUAACUUGCAGGUGGUUGCGACGCGGUUCUCAGCUGGCCUGCAGCAGGCUACGUCUGGCAGCGUCAGUGUAGGCCGCCUGCAGGUUGUCAUACCUCCGGCGAUGGCACAGAACUGCCACCUGAACCACCUGCCACUUGCCACCUGGCAGAGCGGAGUCCAAAGAACGUGUCCCCCUCCCCCAGGCCCCGCCCCCGGGGAGCGCUGGGCCCCCUUCGCCUCCCGCGCGGUGGGGGUGCGGCAGGUGGGGGGCUGCGCCCGUCCCGGGGACGUCGUGACGGUCGACGCGACGUCCCUCGUCACGAAGACGGGCGACGUACGUCCUUUGGGGACGUCGCACGUCCUGCCCCUCGACGUCGGCGAGACGAGGCAGGACGAGGACCUGCUGCAGGUCGUGGGUGAGUGGGCACGCUACCGCUGGGGGGUGUACGAGGAGCGGGGGUACCACGUCCCCCCCUCCUGCAGGGGGGGCAGCUGCCCCCUCCCCCCCGUGUCCUCCGUCCUGCAGAGAAUCGCGUCUGAUCAGGUGGUGAAAUUCUGUGAUAGUGACACGCAUGACCCUGAGGAUGACACGCUCCAUAACCUGGCGUGUGAUGGACGCAGCGUAUGGGAGGUCAUCCGCCAACACGCUGACCACCGUCCAUCACACCACAUGGAGCCGUCCGCUCAAAAUUUUAUUCGUCCAUUUUCCGGCCAGGACAUUACCGAAAACAAUGAAUUUUAUGUGUCAAGUGACAUCAACUCCAGGAACUCUUCUCCCCUUGGCCGCCAUAUCGUCCAAGCAGCGCCUUCAGAGAGCGAACAUGUGGCCCGUGAGAAGGGGGAACAUGUGGCCAAAGAGAGGCAGGAACAUGUGGCCAAAGAGAGGGAGGAACAUGUGGCCCUUGAGAACGGAAAACGUGUGGCCCUUGAGGGGGAGGAACGUGUGGCCUUUGACAGGAAGGAACAGGCGGCCUUUAAAAAAGGGGAAAAUGUGGCCCUUGAGAAGAAAGAACAGGUGGUCUUUGAGGAGAUAAAAAUGGCCCAUGAGGAAGAAAAACAUGUGGUUCAUGAACAGUCGAAACCGUACACUUCCGAGAGCAUUUUGGCUCCAGGGGUGGGCGGACAGGAAGAUGUACAUGCAUUAAGCGUCCAGAAGGAGGGAAGAAUAAUGUCGAAAUUUGACAUAGCGAACCAGUCGGCCAGAUCCCUGGAUGGUCCUGUAGAUCCUCCUCCAAUUCCAGAAGAUCGUCCUCCAGUUCCUGCCCCACGAAGGAGUAGGGCGAUCGCGACUGAAGAUCAGAUCGUCGAAGUGGAUUAUCCUGAGUUGAGGAUUGCAUCCUCGGCGAAUUGGACUGAGUCCUCAAAUGAACUAAACCGAACGGUUCAGUUAAAUGCACCUCUGCUGAGCGCUGAUGAGUCUCCGCAUAACCGCUCGACUGAUGCAGCUGUCGAACAACGAACAAACACAACCUCCAGCGAUGGGCAAAACCUCCUUCAGAUUGCGGAUUCCUCCCUCAGUAGAAUGAGGGAUCCCUCAAUCCCUCCCUCUGACUCCACUCGCCCUACUGCUGAGGGCUUCAGUGGGGUACCCCUGGAACUGCUGGUGGCGCCCCCACCCGUCCUGGUGGUUGCCCUGGACCUCUCGCAGGCCGCCAUUGACGAAGUGGGCGUGGAAACUCUGAGGGGGGGAUUAAUGCGCUGGAUGUGGGGAUUGGGGGGAGGGAUGAGGCUGUCCAUCCUCGCCUCCUACAACAACGAGUCCAAUCCCCUGACGCUGAGCCCCCUGCCUCCGUCCCCCGCGUCCCCGGGGCAGCUGCAGGGGCGCCUCGCCCUCCUCCCCACCCACCAGGAGGCCGCGACGGGCGUCUACGGCGGCAGAUAUUGCCUGGCGUGCGUGCUGCAGGAGGCGAUGCAGGUGGUGGUACAGGGGGGAGAGAGCGUGGAUGAGGCUGUAGUGGUGGUGGCUGCAUGUCGCCCCAAGGUUGGGGAGGAGGAGAAGAAGCUGGUCCAGACAGCUGGUUUUACACUCCACACCAUCGCCAUCUGCACAGCCGCUGUACCAGAGUUUGACCAGCUGGCUGGGCCGCGUGCCUCCUGGGUGCUGCCCCCCAGUGCUGGACCCCACGAGGGGGAAGGGAGAUUCGCCCAGUCCCUGCAGGAGGCGACGACCUACAGCGCUGCGUCGCCAUACCAGUCGCGUCUUGUCCAGGUCCACACCCACGCCAUCGUCCUGGAGAGGUCGGAGCUGCGGGCGUCGGGGGCGUACGCGCUGGCGAGCGGCCGCCUCCUGCUGGCAGGACCAUCCGCAGAACGUCUGGUGGUGCUGUCGUCCACCUCCCCUGCUAAGGUGGUCGAGGUCCGAGACGCCGAGGGCCGGAGACUGGAGAUCACACGGGACACGGGCCGACGUUUCUGGCUGGAAACAACGUCGACGGGAGAGAUGACGUACACCUUUAAGUAUCUCACGACGUCGUUAUCGUUCCCAUUACGCACCACCGAAGACGUCUACGAACGACGUACGAGUGAGCCUGGUCUCGUGGUGACGUUGUGGACGAGUAACGAGCGUCAGGACGUGCUGACGCCGUCCAGUGAACCUGUCAUCGUCUUUGCUGAUGUCAGCAUGAACGGGUGGCCCGUGGUGGGUGCCCUCGUCACGCUGGUCGUCACCCACCUACCGUCUGGGGUGGCGGCGAACUUCUCCCUGCUGGACAGCGGCAAUACGGAGCCUGACAUGCGUGCGGGCGACGGCGUGUACACGCGCUACCUGACGUGGCGGGUGGGGGAGGGGCGGUACUCCCUGGUGGCCACCGCACGACCUGGCCCCUCCACCACCGUGGUGACCUCCACACCAGACGGGGGCGUACGUCACACCCCCACGGGCCCGUUCACGGGCACGAGUCCCGCACGGUCGCUGUACGUCGCCCGCGUCAGUUUCGACGACGUCGCCCAGCCGUCCCGCGUCACCGACCUCGUCGCCCACCUGGUGGGCGGUGAGCCCCACGCCUUCGUCAACCUCAGCUGGAGUGCCCCGGGGGGCGACCUGGACCAGGGCACAGCGUCAGUGUACGAGCUGAAGAUGUACACGGAGCGCGACGCCCUUCGUGAAGGGCGCUUCCACGAGUCUGGCAUCGCAGUCUUCUGCGUGGAGGAAGGGGGCGGCCGCUCCCCACCGCCGCCCCCCGCCAUCUAUGGCACCCGCCAGCACUGUCUUGCCGCCGUGCCUUUCGCUGAUCUCAAGUGGCACUUUGCGCUGCGGGGUCGGGACGCGGCCAACAACACGGGUCGGGUCUCCAACAUCGCGUCCAUCGUGGUCCCUCGCCCCGCCGCUACCACCACCACCACCACCUCUGCCACCGCCGUCCCGACGCUGGCGUCGCUCGAGGAGCCGUUGAGUAACGUGAGCGCCGUGGGUGGCGGGUGGCGGCCGUACGUGGUGGCAGCAGCGGCGGUGGCAGGAUUGCUGAUGGUGGUCGCCGCCACCGUGGCAUGCGUGUGCUGCUGCAGGAAAGCCAAAAUGCAGAAGGAGAAAGACCCUGACCGGCCCGUCUAUAAAAUUUACGUCAAUAACGCCUACAUCCAGGAGGAUGAUGGCGAGAUUAAAGUGGUCCAGGAAUGGGUGAACUCCUUGGACAAAUACGGCAAUCCGGAGCCUGGGGACGGAUUGCCUGAAGGAGCGGAGCUGAAGAACAAGGCCUCCUUCAAGUAUACAAGUCCUGUGCGCUUCGGGGUCUUGACCAACGGGUCCAUCAUGCGGGAUGCCACGACAGGGUCUAACUCGUCGGGCUCGUCCCGCCCUUCUGACGUGCAGACCCACGAUGACUACAAGUACAGGGACCUGUCGGAGACGACGAGCGAUUCUACCACUGACGGACUCCCUCCGUCGUCGGCUUCGUCAGCAGCGACCGACGUGAUACCUGCCGGGGACGUGUCGCCUACUCCACCCCAUGAUGCCGCUUAUCCGUCCUCAGCAGACCCGUCGUCCUUCAGGGACACCAACAUCUCGUCCCUGCCGCUGCCGUCCCCAUGCAAGGCCGUCAAAUCCACAUCGUUGCGUGCCCCGUCUCCGGAGGCGCCCCAGAACUACACAAGCGAAGACGAAGGAGGUUUCAGACCUCGCGGUUCCCCACCACCCUUCCGCCGGCAGCUGGGUCCUCAGUUCUGCUCAUUCCGCUACCUUCCUCCUCCUCCCCAGUACAGGAAUGGAGAGCUAGGUGCAUGCAUCCCUCAGCAGCAGUUCCCUUCGCAAACGUUCCCUCAACAGCAGCAGCUAUUUUCCCCUCAGCAGCAGCAGUUUUCCCUUCAGCAGCAACAGUAUUCCCCUCAGCAGCCCUCACCCCCUGCGAGGGGGAUGUCUCGUGUCAACGGGUCGCUGUCUCACGGCACAGUCAGGAGUGUCAAGAAGAGACGACAUAUCUCAUUUGUUUAGAUUUAUUGCGUUUUUAUGUGUUGGUGCUAAAAGAAAUUUUUAGGUUUAAUAUUAGAAUAAUUAGAACGCAUUUUACAAGUUCCAUUAGUCUGACGAACUUUCAUUUAAAUACUUCAUACUUGUUAGUUUACGCUGCGAAACCUUUGGACUGCAAACAUUUUAAUCUACCGACUGAUUUCUCUAUUACUAUCGUUACCAUUUAUACUCAUAGACCAACUAUAGUUGUUCAACAGGCCAGAAAACUUUUAAGGCAUUUUUGUACAUUAAUGUAAAAAUUAGUAUAAAUUAGAUUUAGAUAAUUCUUCAUGCUUAGUAGCAGUCACUAUUUUUGCCAAAGAAUCUCGUGAUGCGUAAAA